AUGGAAGGCUUCACCAUUCCAGAACAAAUUGGAAAAUAUAAGAUAGUUCAAAUAUUAGGAAGAGGAUCUUUUGCAGUAAUUGCUUUAGGCGUUGAUGAAAAAACAGACCAAAAUGUUGCUAUUAAGAUCUUUGAUCGAAAAUCUUUUAAAGAAAAAGGAUUUAUGAAAUAUCUUGAUAUGGAAUUAAGAUUAUCAGAGCGUCUCAAUCAUCCUUGCCUACCAAAAUUCUAUGGAACACUGUACGAAAAAGAUUUUAUCUGCUUAUUAAUGGAAUAUUUACCAAAUGGCAAUCUUAUUGAUUUAUUGAAUAGCGGUAAGCAUCUCCCAUUCAGCGAGAGAAUUGAUAUAUGUUUUAAAAUACUCGAAGGAUUAAAUUAUCUUCAUGAAAGAGGAAUUUCACAUAGAGACCUGAAACCAGAGAAUAUUGCAUUUGAUGAUAAAUUUAAUCCAAAAAUUAUAGACCUUGGCUUAGCUGCAGAAUAUUCAGAUUAUUUAUUAACAUAUUGUGGCACUCCAACAUGUAUGGCCCCAGAAAUACUCUGCCAUAAAUGCUAUGAUGGAAUGAAAGCAGAUAUUUGGUCGUUUGGAGUAACAGCUCAUAUUUUGAUGACCCAAAACUUUCCAUUUGAUCUUGUUAGUAUCGCAAAAUACAUAAAACAAGUUAAAUCAGGAACUCUUGAGAUUAAAAACACUUGUUUUGGCAUUUUGGGUAAAAUUAUUGAAAAAUGUUUAGUAAUGGAUCCAAGCAAACGCCCAUCUGCCAAAGAUUUGAUAGAUCAUUUGAAAGAUUUCAUAUCAAGAAUGCAACCGUCCAAGCCUCAAAGUUGCAUGAUUUGCACUUCAAAAAUUCAUUAUAAUGAUGAAAACCCAUAUUCAGCACGCAGACAAGCAUUUCAAUCUAAUCAUUCUUUAGUGCUGUCUGAACUGUUACAAUUCUAA